AUGUUGUCCUCUUUCGUUCUUCUCGGACUUGCCUCCCCACUCCCAAAAUUUGAAGAAAUAAUCACAAUUGAAGAAAAUUUCCCGGAGGAUGAUAGCGAAAUCAAGGAAGUCACUGUAACAAUUGUUGGUCAGGAAGGGGAUGAUUUUCCUAUCCCUUCCUUAUACGAUUUAUCAUCUCCUCUUUCCGAAUUUGAAGAUAUCAUCCAUUCAAGACCAGGUCAUCCUCUAUCAUCAAUUAUUGACAAGAUGGAGCAAGCACUAACAGGAAUGCCGGGACCGUUUCUUGGUCCAUUUACAGGAUCCAAGAGCAAAUCUCCUCUGUCUUACGAUCCAUUCCACAUGAUUCAUGGAAAAGGCGAUAAUUAUGAGAAACUUUUUGAUGAUUUUAACGAUGUUUUUGAACCGUUAGCAUCUGAGGAAGCAAUGUUGUCGUUUAUUGAUGAUGUGAUGGAUUCAUUUGACAAUGAAUAUGAUGAGCAGGACUCGAACAUUGAACAUGAUGUUGAUACACAAAACAAUUCAACCUCGUCUGUAUUCGAAGAUAUUGAAUCUCUUAUCGAAAAGCCACAAAAACAAUUGAUCGAUGAUCUCGAGAAAUUGGUAAUGGGUGAAGUUGAUGUUGAUGAAGCUAUCAUCAUUUCCGGACCAACCAAACCCACCAAUCAUGAUAAUGAGCAUCAAACUGCAAGUCUGACGACCAAAAUCUUAAAGGAUGUUUUCUAUCUGUUGAUGAUUUGUGCGAUUCUUUUUUCGUCUGCUUUGAGCGCUUUUGUGUGGAUUAAAUACUUAAGCAAGAAGCCGCAUUAUUCACAAGUUCCUAAUACAGAAGAUGAGGAAACGGAAAAUCUAAUUAAUGGAUAG